GGGCUUUGUUUGAUACAUAGCUGAGUUUUCACUGUGUGAGUUCUUGAGUGCACAUUGCAGCCAUCUUAAUUACACUUUUGUGCAACUGAGACUGUGCAGCUGUCUCAAAAUGGCUGCUAGCCUAGUCUUUGUAGCUGCUUAGGCAGCAAGUAUGCCAGUGAGACUUGUCACAUGCAUCAGGAUCAGAGAUUCAAUAUGGAUAGUGUAGAAGAACCUCAGAAAAAAGUCUUUAAGGCUCGAAAAACAAUGAGAGUGAGUGAUCGGCAACAGCUUGAAGCCGUAUACAAAGUCAAAGAAGAACUAUUGAAAACUGAUGUCAAGAUUUUAAAUGGCAGCCAUGAAAAUGGAGAUUUGGACCCCACCUCACCUUUGGAAAAUAUAGAUUAUAUUAAAGAUAAGGAAAUAAAUGGUAUUGAAGAUACUUGUUUUGGUUCUGAAGAAUGUAAAACGGAAUGGAAAGAAAAGCCCUGUAUCCUAAAUGUUAGUGUAAAAAACAAGCAAGAUGAUGAUUUAAAUGAACCUUUGUCUCCUAAUAAAAUAAUUUCUGAACCAGCCUUUAAACUGACCACUGAGCCAGCUUCUGGUGAUCCAGCCUCUGGUGAGCUGACCACUGGAGAUUCAGCCUCUGGUGACUCUACUUCUAGUGAUCUCACCUCUGGAGAUGCAUCCUCUGGUGAUCCUGCCUCUGGAGAAUGUACCUCUGGUGAUCCUGCCACUGGUGAUUCUGCCCCUGUUGAACUGGUUUCUAGUGAACCUGUUUCUGAGGAACAAGUUCCUAGUGAAAGAGCUGAUGAACCCUCUUCUGGUGAUUGUGGCUCUGAUAAUCUAUCCUCUGCUGAUCCAGCUUCCGGCGAUCCACCCUCUGAUGAUCCGGCCUGUAGUGAAUUGGCCUCUGAUGAUCUGGCCUCUGGUGAUCUGGCCUCUGGUGAUCUGGCCUCUGAUGAUCUGGUCUCUGGUGGUCUGGCCUCUGGUGAUCUGGCCUCUGAUGAUCUGGCCUCUGGUGAACUGACUUCUGAAUCAGCCUUUGAGCCCACUUUUGAACCAAGUUCUGUACCAGUUUGUGAACCAGUUCUUGAAACUGACCGUACAGAACAAAGUAGCAAUAAGGAUAACGAUUUUCUUGAAAAAAAUGAGGAUGAUGAACAUUCAGGGCAAAUUGAGAAUAAGGACACAUUUGAUGAGAAAAAGAAAGCUGAUAGUAACAUUGACAGCAAUGAAGAAAGUCUAGAAACAGAUGAUACAAUGAUUUGUUCAGGUCUACCUCCUGAAAAUGAAAAGAAGGGAGAAGAUCCUAUCACAGAGCUUGCUCUUGGAGAAGAGGCUAUAUCUAGCAGUAUGGAAAUAGACCAAGGUGAAAAGAAUGAAGAUGAAAAUUCUUCAGACCUUGUGGAAACCAUUAGUGAAAAUGUUAUACAAAGUGACAAAAAUGAGACUGUCUUAGAAAAUACAGAUUCUAUGGAGACAGAUGAAAUUAUUCCUAUUUUGGAAAAACUUGCACCUGCUGAGGAUGAACUUACUUGCUUUUCUAAAACUUCUCUCCUUCCAAUUGAUGAGACCAGUCCAGAUUUGGAAGAGAAAAUGGAAGUUUCUUUUGGUUCACCAUCUAAACAAGAAAGUAGCGAGAGUUUACCUAAAGAAGCCUUUUUGGUCCUUUCUGAUGAAGAGGAUAUUUCUUGUGAAAAAGAUGAGUCUGAAGUUAUAUCACAAAAUGAGACAUGCUCUCCAGCAGAAGUAGAGAGGAAUGAAAAGGACACCAAACCUGAAGAAGAGGAGCAAGUGAUAGAUGAAGAAGACAAAAGACCUUCUGAGAAAAAUGAAUUUUCUGGAAGAAAACGUUCUAAAUCAGAAGACAUGGACAAUGUACAGUCCAAACGUCGUCGUCGAUAUCUUGAAGAGGAAUAUGAGGCAGAAUUUCAAGUAAAGAUUACAGCCAAAGGAGACAUUAACGAGAAGCUUCAAAAGGUUAUGCAUUGGUUGCUGGAAGAAAAAUUGUGUGCACUACAGUGUGCUGUCUUCGAUAAGACUUUAGCAGAAUUGAAAACACGAGUGGAAAAGAUUGAAUGUAACAAGAGGCAUAAGACAGUUCUUACUGAACUACAGGCCAAGAUAGCCAGGUUAACCAAACGUUUUGGAGCAGCCAAAGAAGAUCUUAAGAAAAGACAAGAAAAUCCACCAAACCCACCUGUAUCACCAGGAAAAUCUGCAAGUGAUAUCAUCAGCAAUAAUAAUAUGGCCUACAGAAAUGCAAGCACAGUAAGGCAGAUGUUGGAGUCCAAAAGAAAUGUAGGUGAGAGUGCACCACCGUCUUUUCAAACUCCUGUGAAUACAGUAUCUUCAACCAAUCUUGUCACUCCUCCAGCAGUUGUCACUAGUCAACCUAAAUUGCAGAAUCCAGCAACCUCAGGCUCUCAGACAGCAACACCAGUUCUUCCUGCACCCAAUACCGCUACAGUAGUUGCAACUACUCAGGUGCCUACUGGAAAUCCUCCACCUACAAUUUCUUUACAACCUUUGCCAGUGAUUUUGCAUGUUCCUGUUGCAGUAUCCUCCCAGCCUCAGCUCCUACAGAGCCAUCCAGGGACUUUAGUAACCAAUCAGCCAUCUGGCAAUGUUGAAUUUAUUUCUGUGCAAAGCACACCUACAGUGAGUGGUCUUACCAAAACUCCAGUAUCUUUGCCAUCCUUGCCAAAUCCCUCUAAACCAAACAACGUUUCUUCUGUGCCCAGUCCUAGUAUUCAAAGAAACUCUCCUGCCAGUGCUGCACCAUUAGGAACAACACUUGCUGUACAAGCUGUUCCAACAGCACACUCUAUUGUACAAGCCACAAGGACUUCUUUACCUGCAGUGGGUCCAUCAGGACUCUAUAGUCCAUCAAAUAAUCGAGGUCCUAUACAGAUGAAAAUUCCAAUUUCUGCUUUUAGUACUUCAUCUUCUGCAGAACAGAACAGCGCUACCACCCCAAGAAUUGAAAACCAGACAAACAAACCAAUAGAUGCUUCUGUUAAUAAGAAAGCAACUGAUAGCACAGCACAGAGUGGAAAAGCCACUGGCAGUGAUUCAGGUGGUGUCAUUGAUCUCACAAUGGAUGAUGAAGAAAGUGGAUCUUCUCAAGACUCCAAAAAAGUCAGUCACACUCCUAUAUCAACCAUGGGUUCUUCUCAGCCCAUGUCUCGACCAUUGCAACCCAUACAACCAGCGCCACCUCUUCAGCCAUCUGGAGUGCCAACAAGUGGACCAUCUCAAACUACCAUACACUUACUACCUACAGCUCCAACCACCGUGAAUGUAACACACCGUCCAGUAACUCAGGUGACCACAAGACUUCCUGUACCAAGAGCUCCUACAAACCAUCAGGUGGUUUAUACAACUCUCCCAGCACCACCAGCUCAGGCCCCACUGCGAGGAACUGUUAUGCAGGCUCCUGCUGUUCGCCAGGUCAAUCCUCAAAAUAGUGUUACUGUUCGAGUGCCUCAAACAACCACAUAUGUUGUAAACAAUGGACUAACCCUGGGAUCAGCAGGACCUCAGCUCACAGUGCAUCACCGACCACCACAAGUGCAUACUGUAAAUGAGCCCCCACGCCCUGUGCACCCAGCACCCUUACCAGAAGCCCCCCAGCCACAGCGUCUGCCUCCAGAAGCUGCCAGCACAUCUCUGCCUCAGAAGCCACACUUGAAGUUAGCACGAGUUCAGAGUCAGAAUGGCAUUGUACUGUCAUGGAGUGUUCUGGAGGUGGAUCGAAGCUGUGCUGCUGUUGAUAGUUAUCACCUCUAUGCCUACCACGAGGAGCCCAGUGCCACCGUGCCCUCACAGUGGAAGAAGAUUGGGGAAGUGAAGGCACUCCCCUUGCCCAUGGCAUGCACUCUUACCCAGUUUGUGUCUGGCAGCAAGUACUACUUUGCAGUGCGAGCCAAGGAUAUUUAUGGACGUUUUGGACCUUUCUGUGAUCCUCAGUCAACUGAUGUGAUCUCUUCUUCCCAGAGCAGUUAAACCUUGGAGCCUUUCUCUUCUCCUGUUUCAGAAGUUCCACUUUUUGGUCUUGUUUUUAAUCUUGUGCAUGAUACCCAGUGUAAAAUCCACAUUGUGCAAGAUUUCUUGGACUGAUGUGUGUAUACACUACAUUUGUUUAUAAGCAGAAGUAAAAUAAACUCAGCCUAUAAAGCAACAAUCUUUCCUGGACAAUUCAAGCUUCAGGGUUUUGAAAUAUAAGUGUGUACCGUCUUUUAAUUAUGAGAGUCUGGGGAAUAUGUAUAGGUGUUUGUAUGGGUUGUUUGUUUGUUUUUUCCUAUUUGUGUGUUUAUUGCAAUGGGAUCUCCUAUUUUCAUUCUCAAAUUUACCUCUCUUUCAGUAUGAAGCGAGUAGAUCAAAGAAUCUGAGGUAUGUAACUGGCAUGAUUCUGCUCAUAAGGCUUCUGUAGAAUCAUAGUUAAGCGAUAUAAACUGAAUCUAAACAAAACCCAAAGAAGUAAAUGAAAAGCAUACUGGCUAACUUAAAAUAGAUUAAUUGGAACACAGGAAAGGAUCUAUUCAUUUUUUUCUUUGAUUUCUUCUCCUGGGUGGUUAGGUGAAAAACAAUCUGCAGAACCCUUCCCCCAUCCUUUCCUAAUCUGGUUUUUACAUUUAUUUGUGCCUUAAAGAUUAACUACAGAAAUAAACAUGGCCAUAUUUCCAUUGUUGUUUACUCUUCCCUUUUAGCCUUUCCACCUCAAUUUCUCUUUCAUCUUCAUCAUAUUUGGCACAUAUCCCUCAAGUAAUUUUUAAACCAAGGCCUUUAUAUACUCCUCACCGCAAAUCUCUGGUACCACUGCAUUUGACUUGCCAUUUUCAUCUAAGUAUGUAGAUACUUUCAGUUUUGGUCAUUACUUAACACUCCAUAAAAUGGACCAAUCGGGACCAAGAGAAACCACACUGUGUGUGUAAGACAAGUUUCCAUCAAACCUACUUUAGCGUCCAUGUUGCACACUGCAUUAGAUUUCUAAAGCAAUUCUAGUUUACAGUAUCCAUAAUGUAUUCUUUCAAAGGAAGAAAAUACUAAAGAUCACAAAAUACAUUGAGCUAAUAAAAGGGGAAAGCUGGGUUUCCUUUUUAUUCUCAUGUUAUCUUCUUGUUUUUUGGGGGGUUUUUUGGUACCGGGGAUCGAACUCAGGACCAUGUGCUUGCAAGGCAGGCAGCGGAACCACUGAGCUAAAUCCCCGGCUCAUGUUAUCCUGUUUUUAAUCUUUUAUUUCAGUUUUGAUUGUGCCAAGUUAAGCCUGAUUUAGCCUUUAUCUGCUUUGGAUAGAAUUUAAAGUAUAUCUGUUGGGGUCCUUUCAUAUAACAAUUAAGUAUAAAAAUCUGUGUAUCUCCAUUCCUCUUCAAAGUAAUAAAUUUCAGUCAUAUUUUCAAUAUUGAAUGCAAGCUAUACUGGUUAUCAGGUAUGUAUUUUCAGUGUAGAUAGUUUAGGACAAGAGGGUGGUUUAAGUUUUAAAGAUGAGUGUGGUUGGGAAUAUUGUGAAAGAUAUUCACAAAGUUAGUGAAAUAACUUUUCAAGUUUCUUCCCUUGGUGUUUUGACUUUAUAUUUCUGCUUUCUCCAAAUACAUUAUUUUUUCCUAGAAUUACAGGAGGGAGCUAUCCCUUUUAUUAGUUUACAACUUUGAUGGCUUAUAAUAGGAAGUAUUCCAGUUGGUAAAGAAAUUAUCUUUAAUUAUCUUUUAUUAGGUGUGAGGUUUGAUUAAUAAUAGAAAAUACCAACAGUUGCCAGAAGGUAUAAACUCUCUAAGCCUUUCUUUUACUCUAAAAAUGAGACUAUAAUGAGAAUUAGUUUUUCAUGAAUGAAAUUACCAACCAUGUAGAUACUGCCUAUUCUAGGACAAAUGAUGAUGGAAAGAACUUCCCAGUGUUAUGAUAAUGAAAAUUUCAACAGGAGAAAAUUGACUUCAAGAUCUGUAUGUAUGAACACCUGUCUAUAUCUGCAUGUAUACAUGUUUUUACCUGAAGUGGUUGUAAUGUUGAUUAUGUGAUAAAGAACAUUCUGGUCUACAGAGUAGAAAGCUCAUAUUCAGAAUAGUUUAUUAGCUGGUUUCUUGGUCAUGUAGUAAAGAUUUGCUUACUUGGUCCACAAAAGUUUCCCUUGUUGAACAUUUUUAUUAAUAUUCACUACACUAAUCUUGUUUUUAAAAAUUUAAUUGCAUUAUAUAAUCAGAUGAAGAAAGUCUAGUAGAAUGAAUAUUUUGUAUUAUUUUAGCCUAUAUUGAGUGUUUUCUGUCAAUAGGGGGAAAAAAAGGAACUCUAAAAAUACAUUUAUUCCAGAAAAUAAUCACACAAAACUUUUUAUUCCAGAUGGUAGAAGGUACAAAGAGAUUGUAAUUAUUUAAGAAAAAAAGUAUAUUAUCGUUGGUCUUCUCAAAUUAAUCUGACAUGGGUUUAUGGGCAGUAGACAUGUUGGAUUUACUGAGAAGUGCUAGAUUAGAAUCUUGGGCUUUUUGGGGGGUUUAAUGUUGAUGAAUGCUAGCUUUUUUGUUGAGUUUCUUUGGGAGAGAGAAUGGAGGACUCAGACUUUUUAGUAGCAUUUCACACUCCAGGGUUAUCUUUUUUAUUUAUUUUUUUGGUAAUUUCGUGGUAUCUUUUUACAAAGUAUUACCAAUAAGCUCAAUUGCCCCAUUUUGGGAAAGAGUUUGCUAAAUUUUUAGCCUGACAAUACUUGUGUAGGUAUUGCCUUAUUGGAAAUCAUGGAAGCUUCUGAUGCUUCAACCUGAAACAAAAGAUGUUUAUAUGGCAUUUAAAGGUAACAGUAACAUCUGGCACUACUUUGCACUGUGUCAGAGUAACCUCUUUUUAAAAUUUUGUUGUUGCUAGUAAAUUUAAAAUGGCAUAUAAAGGCGGUAACUGUUAUCUUUAUGAGGUAAUUAUAUUGCUUUCUCUGGACUCACUUUUAAAAUAUGCAGAAUGCUUUAUCCGUUUAACACAGUAUAUGACUUUAUGAGAGAAGUAGAGAGCUGCCUUGAAAAGUGCAUAUUUAUCUAGAUAGCAUUUGCCUCCCAGAGAAGUGUUCGUCUCCCCUAUCCUCCUUGGCCAAUACUAAAUACCUUGAAUAAAAUGACCUAAAUCAAGGAGCUUAGGCUCUUCCCUAGGUGCAUCUCUGCAGAACCUUCUCUUACAGCACCGGAUAAGUGUUGACUUAAUUUUUGUUACUUGCUCUUAGGCUUUAAAUAUUCUCCAAAUUAUUAUCCAGCAGAUUAUCCUUAAUGUUGCAUGAUAUACCUUUAUUUUUUUCCGUAAGUUUCUCAAUACUGUAUUAAGGUUAACAAAAUAAUGCCUGUGGUCUCUUCAUCUCUUACUUUUAUAUACAGAACUGAUAUCUUAGCACGGUAUGGUACUGCAGAGACCUUCCAAGUAUUCUCCUGACUUUCCUUUUUGGACCAUUUCAGUAUCUGCAGUAUAUCAUGAUUAUUUGUUAUUGUUUUUAUUGUUACUGACCUGUGAUUGGCCUGUUUUACUCUAAUUUUCACAAAAACUAUGUCUUAGUUAUUCAAUUAUUGCAAAUAACUAUCUAAAACCAAUAUAUGAUUCUGCCUUCCUUGUUUGUGGACAGAUUUUUCAUUUGCUUUUGGGUUUUUAGGUACACAGCAAUUUUUAUGAAAGGUUAGUAUGGCAGACUUAUCUAAUUCCUGAAACUUCUCUCUUGGGUCCCCAAAAGAAGAAAUAUAAUAGUACAAACACGUUUUGUAUUCUCAUCUUCAAAUAAUUUUAUCACAUUUAAAUAAGCUUUUCUUUGUUUUUUUGUUUGUAGAGUCAAUUAAUUACUUAUCAUUUAUGUGUAAAUACUUUUUUUUCCCUUGUAAAUAAGGUAACUGGGCAAUCAAACA